GGCGCUUGUGCAGCCCCCUCACACCCCCUUCGCCGUGUUUCCCAUUUUAAGAGAGAGAGAGAGCUGUGAGUCGGGGGGCGUGACCUGAGAACUCAAACUCCGAACAGAGCCUAACGCAGUCUCACCAGCAUGUGGCGGAGACUUCUUUCUUCCCACCUAAAAAGCCUUGCCACUUCCACUGCCACCGCUCCGGUCCGAUCCACUGCGUUACCCGCCCGAUCCAUCAUUUCUCCAUGCUUCUCCCACUUCAGUCUCCGCUACUUCAGCGUCGACUCCGCAGAGGGUGCUGUGAAGAAGAAAGUUGAAGAUGUAAUGCCGAUAGCGACCGGGCACGAGCGUGAGGAGCUUGAAGCUGAGCUUCAGGGAAGGAAAAUUCUUGAUAUUGACCAUCCAGUUGGUCCUUUCGGCACAAAGGUAUCUAUUAUUAUCCGAGAUGAUCGUGGCAAUGUGGUGGCUGGAUUUGCUCACUCUUAUGGCCAUUCUACCAACACAGUGGCUGAAUGCCGUGCGUUCGUAGAAGGUUUGAGGCUGUGUAAACAGUUAGGACUGAGGAACAUUUUUGUUGAAUCUGAUUCAAGUGUUGUUGAAGCUCCUUCAAUUAUCAAGUCCUAUUAUGACAAGAGAAUAGUUGGAUGCCCAGGAGGUGAAGGGGAGGAUGAACAUGAUGUUGUCUGGUUUUGGCUGGAGAAAGGUAAACCACAUGAAUGUCCAGUGUGCUCACAGUAUUUUGAGAUGCAAAUAGAUGAUACACACAGACCUGUUAACUCUCAUGCACACAGAUUCAGGCAACACCAGCUGACCUUUUACUUUAAUGCUGGAAGUGGUUGGACCUGGAGGACCUCCGGAUGGACAUGGUGACGAUGAUCAUCAUCAUUAAUUGCAGCCCUUCAAUUUUCGUGCUGGAAUAAAAAUUUGGGGCAGCGACGAGACAAUUUCUGGUAUACGCAGCCUUCAGAAUUCAAAAGCCUCUGAAUUUUGUUUGUUUUUUCUUGGUACUCGGUUCUCCUGACUGUUUCUUUUACGACGUUUGAGAUUAGAAUAUUUGCUGUGGUAGUACAGACAGGCUAGUCAUCUGUUGGAACUAUGGAUCUUGGUAGGAUAUCUGUUGUGAAUUGCCAAAUAAUCGAUGGCUACUACUUGAUUCAAUUUUUUUCAA